AUUGAGUUGAAAACCCUUUAUAAAAGUAUCUAGCAUUGGAACAUGGUCUCCAACCUAAUGCCAAAAUCUGAUUUUGGUUACAAGGUCCAUGGCGAUCCUUUCUCCACCAACACAAGGCGUGUCCUCGCUGUUCUCCUUGAGAAAGGGCUCUCUUACGAGCCCAUUACUGUUGAUUUGAAAACCGGUGAACACAAAAGUGAAGCUUUCCUCUCUCUCAACCCAUUUGGUCAAGUCCCAGUUUUUGAAGAUGGAAACGUUAAGCUGUGUGAGUCUCGAGCCAUCACACAAUACAUUGCAUAUGUGCAUAGUACAAGAGGCACGCAGCUUCUGAAUUUUCAAAGCCACAAGACAAUGGCAACACUAACAAUGUGGAUGGAAAUCGAAGCUCACCAGUUCGAUCCAUUGGCAUCGAUACUCACUUGGGAGCAAGUUAUUAAACCUAUUUACGGUCUAGAAACUGACCACGCGGUCGUCGAAGAAAACGAGGGUAGUCUAGAGAAAGUUCUAGAUGUCUAUGAAAAACGACUCGGAGAAUCUAGAUUCUUGGCUUGUAAUACCUUUACUUUGGUUGAUCUUCACCACUUACCUAACAUACAAUACCUUUUGGGAAGUUCGAUGGAAAAAAUGUUGGAAAAUCGACCUAAAGUACGUAUGUGGGUGGAUGAGAUUACUGGUAGAGAGGCUUGUAAGAUGGUUUGUGAUCAAGAAAUGUCCUGGUAUGGUAUUAGCGGAUAAGCUCUCAAGAUGUCUUAUGAUCAAGUUAAGUCAUGGUUUAGUAAUCAAAAGAAAACUUUGUGUGAGAAUGCAUGUUGUGUUGCGGUGUUUGUUUGUAAGCUUGUGUUGUUGCUAAAGUAAGCUUUUAAUUGUUGUUUGUUGACUGUUGUGGGGUGCAUCUUUUGAGAUUCGUUGUGUGUUGGUUUAUGUAUGCAUGAUGUAUAUAAAUAAAGUGAAC